CCGCAGACGUCUGCACGUUGACGGAGAGGUGACACACCAGAAAGACGAUAGUCGCUCUUCAGUCAACAGACACACGUGUGGCUCAUUUAGAAGAAAAAUGGGAUCCCCUCAAGAAGAUAAAGACCUUGAAAGCAAAGUCAAAAAUUGGCUGGACUGGGAUAAAAAUGAAAAAAGUAGAGAGGAAAUAUCUAACUUGAAAGCAUCAGGGAAUAAAGAAGAGCUAAAGAAAAGGUUAUCAGCAAGAAUGGAGUUUGGAACAGCAGGUUUGAGGGCUCGAAUGGGUACCGGUUUUUCCAUGAUGAAUGACCUAACCAUUAUACAGACCACCCAGGGAUUGUUGAAAUACCUAGAGUCAGCUUGCUCAGACCUAAAAGAACGUGGGGUGGUCGUUGGCUUUGAUGGCAGACACAACAGCAGAAGAUUUGCCUGGUUGACAGCAGCAAUAUUUAUGCAUGCUGGAGUGAAGGUGUACCUGUUCUCAAACCUCUGUCCCACACCAUAUGUGGCUUAUGGAGUUAGGAAAUUCCAGGGUGUAUGUGGAGUGAUGGUGACAGCAUCACACAACCCUAAAGAGGACAAUGGUUACAAGGUGUAUGGGAGAAAUGGCGCACAGAUUAUCUCCCCUGUAGACCAGCAUAUCUCUGAUCAAAUCCUAGCCAACCUGGAGCCCUGGGCGUCAUCCUGGAAUACUGACAUUGUGGAUACCUCUCCUCUCAGAUCUGAUCCUCUCCAAGAGACCCUCGUUUCUUACAACAAAGAUGUCAAAGAGCUCAUUUGCUUUAGCUCUUCGGGGAGUGACUGCCCAAUCAAAUUCACCUACACAGCCAUGCACGGUGUGGGAUACGAAUACGUCAAAGUGGCGAUGAAAGCAUUCAGCUUCUCUGAGCCUGUACCUGUGAAAGAACAGGUGGAACCGGACCCUGAAUUUCCCACAGUGAAGUAUCCCAACCCAGAGGAGGGUAAAGGAGCUCUGUUACUGGCGAUGAAAACAGCUGAUGAAGCAGGCAGCCCUGUUAUACUUGCUAACGACCCAGAUGCCGACAGACUUGCUGUGGCUGAGAAAGUCAAUGGGGAGUGGAAAAUCUUCACUGGCAAUGAGCUUGGAGCCUUGUUUGGUUGGUGGGCCUGGUUUUCAUUCAAACACAAGAAUCCCAAUACAACAGGUUCUGAUGUGUACAUGUUGGCGAGCACUGUCUCUUCCAAGAUAUUAGGGGCAAUAGCCAAAAAGGAAGGCUUCAACUUUGAAGAAACGCUGACAGGUUUUAAAUGGAUGGGAAACAGGGCAGAUGAGUUAGAAGAGUCAAAGAAAACUGUUUUGUUCGCCUUCGAGGAAGCUAUUGGUUUUAUGUGUGGUACAAAGGUCCUGGACAAAGACGGAGUGAGCGCAUUGUGUGCUAUGGCUGAAAUGGCCUCGUAUCUCUAUGCUAAAGAGAAGAUAACUCUCACCAAACAACUAGACAAUGUCUAUCAGAAGUACGGUUUCCAUUUGUCGAGUAACUCCUACUUUAUUUGCCACGAGCAAGAGACAAUAAAGCAGCUGUUUGACAAUCUUCGCAACUACAAAGACUCUAAAGAGUAUCCAUCAUCUUGUGGCCCUUAUGAGAUCAAGUAUGUGAGAGACUUGACAACAGGUUAUGACAACAGCUUUUCAGACUGCAAGCCAAGAUUACCUGUGAGUUCAAGUCAGAUGAUCACGUUCACUUUUAAGAAUGGUUGUGUGGCCACACUGAGAACCAGUGGUACUGAGCCCAAGAUCAAAUAUUACACGGAGUAUUGUGUAGAUCCCACAGCAGGACUGGAACGCCAUGAGGCUGAGGAAGAGUUAAAAGACGUUGUUAACAACAUUCGCACCCACUUCUUCCAGCCGGAUAAAUACGGCCUGAUACCUCAAUCUGGUUGAAGGAGAAGUGUAAUAAAUUACGUGGGAAGGUACAUAUCUCUAUGCUCAAAGUAUUAUGACGAACAUUUCCAUGUUGAGUUAAUCUGAAAGUGCCACAGUAAUUAUUGUUUGUCAGAGUUGUACCAUAGCCCAGCUUGUUAGUCAUUUGGUUCACCUCCUGUAUGGCCAGUCAAAGUAUUAUUAUUAUCUAAUGUAUUUGGAUGGAUUU